UUUGAUACCCGUCAUUUGUUAGAAUAACAUUAAUUAUCUACCAGAGGAAUGUCUUUCGUUGUAUUUCACUGAGCAACACAAACUACUAUUACCUACAGGAUAGUAAAUAUAAAUAUUUUGGACUGGAUGACAAAUAGUUAAACAGUGACUCCAGCAUACAAGACAUUUUCUGACCCCACAGCUUGCAAGAGUUUUACCGACUUUGCAUAGUUCUGACGAUGCUUGGCUGACCAUUGAAUUAAGUGAGGAAUAAUUUCUUUAAACUGCCAAACAUUCCUUGACAGUAUAACAUAACAGAAUAGCUGUCUUUUAUGCAACUUUCGUAACGUUUCUGUAUUCCAAGAGAAAUUUUGCGCUGAUCGUGAUAAAUUUACUAGUCUACUAUUUUCAGUUCAAUUCUGACACCCAUUAUACAAUUAGUUAGGUUUUUCAAUCGUUGCUCUAUCAUAAUGUUCUGUGCCAAGCAAGACUGUGAUUUGGUCAGUUGAUGGUUGUAUUUGGAGUUCAUUUGGUAGCUAGACUUUGAAUGCUUGCCAUUACUACGGUAUAGAUGCAUGGAUUUUUUUGCAAGCUACACGAAACAAUGACACCUUGGUGGUACAUGUAACGCGCGGGAACUUCAGAGCAUUUUAGAAAUCAACAAUGGGAUGUUCGGUGCAUAGCAAGAGCAUUAGAUCAAUCGCACGACUAGAAAUUGAACGCUUAAGGUAGUUUGGCAAGAAUAAAUUUGCUGUUGGUCUAAAGAUAGGAAAGACAUUACCUUCAGAGUUAUAUUUAAAUAUCAGAUGAUUAAAGGAAGGAUCAGAAGAACGGUUUCGUGAUUCUAUGCCUAGCGGGUCUGCUCUGUCAACUUUUAAUCUUGAUUAGAUUUGGCAGCUAUACGAGCGAAGGAUUCGAUUGAACACGAAACUCCAAAUUUUACAAGUUAACAUCUGCAAUCCUCAUGACAAAACAGUCUAAGAUAUUACAUGCUUUCUUAAAAGGGGCCGUUGAUCUGGCUUUUAUGCUCGACGCCUCCAGCAGUCUAGGUGGCGAUGCAAAUUUCCAGCUGUGCCUUACGUUUAUAAAGGCAGUCUAUGGCAGCUUCACCAUUUCGGCGUCGGGAUAUCGCAUUGGACUAGUAUUAUUCGGCGCAUCAGCUUCCGUUUCCUUUGACUUCAGCAAAUACAGUUCGGCAUCGGAAGUUGACGAUGCUAUCGGAAAUAUGAAAUUGGUUGGAGGAGCGUGCGCUGCGGGACAAGGUCUAAGUACAUGUCAAACACAAUUAUUUGCCCAGUCACGUCAAAAUGCCGCUAAAAUCCUGGUAGUAAUGAUGGCAGGGAAAUCAACAGACGAAGUCUCGGGUGUAGCUGAAUCUUUAAGGAGUGCCGGAGUUAAAAUAUUUUGUCUCGGCAUGGGAAGAUUCUUUGACAAAACCCAGUUGACAGCAAUGGCUACAGAAGAAUCCUAUAUUCAGAUAGCAGCCGAUUACAGCCAGCUUGCAACACUCUCCACUCUGUUUGCAUCGCUUGUUGGUCAAGUCGCCACUGGUAAGUAAUAUAUCUUUUUAAGAGUAUCUACACUUUAGGAAUGACUGAAGAUUUUCUACAAUAGAGCGCGGCAAAUGAGGGAACAUAAAUGUUAUCCCGACUAACAA